UGGGGUGGGGGGCUGCAAAGUUCAAAUCCUUGAUAUCCUUAGUCCCGGCAAGGCCUGCGUGAAAUAUCUGCUCCACAUGCUUAUAGGUUGGCCUUGUUGUUUCAUUAAACCAGCGAGAUUUGGCCUUCCAAUUGGUUGUUGCACUUCCCUGAUCCUUCCUUGAGCCUGUUAAACAAAUACUUGUGCCUCCUGCCAACGAUCUCAAAUCCUGAACUUUUCCCUUGUUGCUGCCCUUGCAUCCUGCUUAGCCAUCACACACAGCCUGUCAACCCUUUGCAUUACUGCCUUUCCUUUUGGUUGGCCUAGCUAUUGUUCUUCCUACAAAAGGAUGCAGUUCACUUCAUGAGCAUGAGAGAGAGCCUUGCUGCUACAUCCAGACUCCAAGACUGUCUUCCCCAGAAUUCUCCGAUAGUUCGGGCCCUAUCCACUGCUCUGAAAUGAGUAAUGGGUGCUGAGGAGAGAUAUACGCAAGCCGCAUCCCGUUCAGUGCCCUUGCUGAUAUAUGGAGAUUCCGACUGUUCAUGAGCAAUAACCAGAGGAGAGUGAAGAUGCGAGAUAAGCAGCUGCUGCAGCAUGAGACGCCAAUUUUCAGGAAUGGAAACUGAUUUAUUUGGUACUAGUAGAAUCCUCUUUGCCUUGUUGGAGAAAGAGGGCGUAACCAUCAUUAGAGAGCUAGAAAGUGAAGGUUCUGUUCAGAAGCUAGCUAAAAUACUGCUGAAAGCUAGUGGGCGAAGGCUUUUGAACGACACCUUGAUAGAUCCAAUGGACAAGUAUUCCGAACAAUAUAGCAAGGAAUCACUUCGGAGAACAAUCAUGGAACAUGAUGAGGUCUUCAGACAACAGGUGCACGAACUGCAUCGGCUAUAUAGUGUACAGAGAUCACUGAUGGCUGAAUUAGGUGGUGAGAAGCACAGUUUCCAAUCCAGAACAGAAGAAACUAGAGAAAUGAUGCAGGGCCACAGGUCAAACCUGAAGAAUAGUCCCUGUACAUCAGAGACCAGCCAAUCUGCUCGUCUUGCUGGUGCACAAUACUCUGCUCCUAGACAAGUACCUGAACAUUUUUUUCUUCAAGAAUGCAAGCCCGUGUCAUGCUUAAACCUCUUCAACGAAGAAACCUCGAGAAGCCAAGAAGGAAGACCAGAAAGCAGUAAAUCAGUUCAAGAUGAAAGUUGGAGCGUUUCUAUGGAAAGUGAUCUUGACCUCAAGCUAACCAUUGCGCCCAGUUCACAUGAAACAAAAGCACCACACUGGCUCUUCUCAGAUAACAGGGAAAGAAAACCUUCUGGUCAUCAUCGAUGACAACUGGCAUCUUAGAUCAGUUAGUUAUACAUGGAACAAGAAGCAAUGGGAUCAACACCUAGGAAGACAGAGUAUCCUAACAAUGGACCACAACACUUCCAAGCUAUCUCACAAGAAAUCAUAUCUCCCUGACAUGCUGCCCUGAAAUUUUGAUCCAAACUAUGCCUCGGUCACUGGUCACAAGUAACCUGUAUGCAAAAGUAUAAAGCUUCUCACUUCUCAGGUUAUCAAGCACAAGAACUUGCUAGGAGCACGCCAAUCUAGUGUGAAGAUAGCAAACAUUGGCAGCAAUUCAUUUCUUAUUUUUCUUCCCACUAUUACUCAGACUGAAAGAGACAAGAACGAGUAGGAAAUUACUAGACUUCCGUCCUCCUGCAAUACGUAUAUUUACCAAUGCCCUGAAAGGAGUUUUGGCUAACCUACCAUGCGCAGUGCUUUGUUAUUUGCAUUCUUGUUUAUCUGCAUCACCCAUGUAAGUUCACGUACAGAAGUUCAGAAUGAUUGUGGGACCUUUUGCAAUCAAACACCAAAGUUCCUAUUCUGCCA